ACCCUCAAAAAGAAUCAAUGCACACACCAUAUCAGAGAUCCAUCUGGAUUGGUCGGACUCUGGCCGCCGUCCGCCUCCGCCCCCGUUUGAUUGAGCUUCCCCCGUCCGUUCGUCCUCCUCUUUGCUCGAUUCAAAUACUCCGUCGUCUUCCUUCCGCGGUCAGAGUACGUUCGUAGCCUGCCUGCGCCUUCAUUUUGCUGGCGAGCUACCCAGACAGACCCCCAGCAGCCAGCAUUGCUGAGCUGGGUUCUGGCGGUGUGGACCUGCCUGAAAUUCCCCAUCUUGAAUCGCUCGCCAGUCGCCACUACGGCUCCGGUAUUUCCAUUCCCCCCCGGCCUUGCUUGCUCCUUUCUUUUCUUCCAUCUCGCCAUUCGAGGAGUGCGCAUUGCAUCUAGUUCUAGCUGGCGCGGAUGACGAGGCUCGCGGCGGCGCUGCUGCUGGCCGCGGCGGCGGCUGUGCUGGUGCUGGCGGGGGCGGCGGAGGGGCUGGGGGUGAACUGGGGCACGCAGGCGUCGCACCCUCUGCCGCCCAAGGUGGUGGUGCAGCUGCUCAAGGACAACGGCAUCAAGAAGGUGAAGCUCUUCGAGACCAACCUGGAGGCCAUGAAGGCGCUCGCCGGCAGCGGGGUCGAGGUCAUGCUCGCCAUCCCCAACGACAUGCUCCACCGCAUCGCCGGCGACUCGGCCGCCGCCAAGGACUGGGUCAAGCGCAACGUCAAGCGCUUCGACUUCGACGGCGGCGUCGUCAUCAAGUACGUGGCCGUGGGCAACGAGCCAUUCUUGGCAGCGUACAAGGGGUCGUUCAUGAAGGUCACCUUGCCGGCGCUGGAGAACAUCCAGAACGCGCUCAACGACGCGGGCGUCGGCGACCGGAUCAAGGCGACGGUCCCUCUCAACGCCGACGUGUACAACUCCCCGGCCAGGAACCCCGUGCCGUCGGCGGGCCGCUUCCGCGCCGAGAUCUCCGGCGUCAUGACGGACAUGGUCAAGUUCCUGGCCAAGAACAAGGCGCCCUUCACCGUCAACAUCUACCCCUUCCUUAGCCUCUACCUCGACGACAACUUCCCCCUGGACUUUGCCUUCUUCGACGGCGGCGCGACGCCGGUGAACGACAACGGGGUCAUGUACACCAACGUGUACGACGCCAACUUCGACACGCUGGUGGCGGCGCUGGCGGCGGUGGGGCACGGGGACAUGCCGAUCAUUGUCGGUGAGGUCGGUUGGCCCACCGAUGGCGACAGGCACGCCAAGGCGUCCCACGCGCACCGCUUCUACGACGGGCUGCUGAGGCGGCUGGCGGCGAACCGAGGCACGCCGGCGAGGCCGAACCGGCACAUCGAGACGUACCUCUUCGGGCUGGUGGACGAGGACCGGAAGAGCGUGCAGCCGGGCAGCUUCGAGCGGCACUGGGGCAUCUUCCGGUACGACGGGCAGCCCAAGUUCGGCAUGGACCUGAGCGGGCAGGGCCGCCGGGACGCGACGCUGGUGCCGGCCAAGGGCGUGCAGUACCUGUCGAGAACGUGGUGCGCGCUCAACCCCAAGGCCAGCAGGGACGAUCUCAACAAGCUCCUUGGUGCCAAGAUCGACUACGCGUGCAGCAACGCCGACUGCACGACGCUGGGCUACGGCUCGUCGUGCAACGGCAUGGACGCCAAGGGCAACGCUUCCUACGCUUUCAACGCCUAUUACCAGACGCAGAGCCAGGAGGACGAGGCCUGUGACUUCCAGGGCCUCGCGCUGCCCACCCAGACGGACCCCUCCACGGCGACGUGCAACUUCACCAUCCAGAUAGCCACCUCGGGGGCGGCGGUCACGCGGCUCGGCGUGGCGCCGGUGGCUGCCGCCCUGCUGGUGGCGUUGCUCCAGCUCUCACUGUCGUAGCUAGUUAUCCUAUUUGGCAUUCCCACAGUUGAUUAGUUCACAAGAUCAAUGCCGCUGUUGAUUGGUAGCGUUUCUUCUUUAACGCAUCAGGCCCCCUUUUGAACUGGAUUACAGAAGUAACUCGGUGUUUCUCGAUUUAGGGCAGCCCUAGGCACCGGCCGAUCGACCCAAUUUUCGGUUCGUUGCCUAGUAGCCGCCAAUAGAACUCA